CAGUUAAGAUUGCGAAAACGUUUAUAUUUGACGUCAAGUACUCUAUUUCUGUUCAAACGAGUAUCGCGGUAGUCUCGUGCCUUGUCGUAUGUUCAUAUUAGCGAAUGUGGCUCAUUUCAAAAAUAACGUGACUGGACUUGUGUAGUGUAAACCUCGUGUUCCGACUUCGAUCAUUUUUUUUUUAAUUUUCAUGUGUAUUUUUACGUGGUAUAAUUUUUCUUUUAAAUAGCUGAGGUGUUAUUCUGGACUUUUGUGUCUUCGUUUAGUUAAUUAACCAAGUGUAGCAUUACGUAAUGUAAGUAUAGCAGAUAUUGAGACAUUGAACCGGAACCAUGCCAGAAUUUCGUGAUGAUGUUUUACAAGCUAUUCCAGAAAACGAGAUUGAUAACGUUUACCAAGUUAUGAGGCGUGAAUGGCCAUUUUCUGGUUAUACCUGUGGAUUUUUAAAAACAUGUUACGAUUGGCGUAAAAAAGAUCCUUCCUUUGAUGUGUCGCUGUUAUAUGACAAAGAUAAUACCGAAAGUGGCAUUUUUGUUGGAAUCUUAAGAUCGGGCCAUCGAACAUUUGGUUUAGUACUUUUCGCUUUAGAAGGAUACGAAUCAGAGUUAAAAAAUGUGCUUUUGACAACCAAGAAAAUCAACUGGAAUGAAUUACCUGUUUUACAAGGAGUCAUGCCGAGACAUUUCGAUCUAGUAGGAGAUGUAGUGAAAAGAAAAGGAUUCGGUACAUCGACUUACGUAGAAUCGAGUUUACAUUUUUUACAUCCAGACCUGACCAUCGAUUACGAUACCGGAUAUCCGGACGAUGUGUACGUUGCGAGAUUAACUAUGGAUGAUGUCGAUUUAAUCUAUGAUCUUUGGCCAUUGACGGAUAUCCAUACUAAAGAAGAUAUUAUAAACUCGAUCGAAUCGGGUCCCUCGUUCGGAGUGUUUUCCAAAUUUGAUAACGAACCGUUAGCUUGGGUUAUGCAGGCUCACUACGGUGCUAUAGGAAUGUUGUAUACUAAGGAGAAUGUCAGAAGGCACGGAUAUGCUAAAAUUUUGGUAAUGAUGAUGGCCAGGAAAAUGGUCGAAGAAGGUAUUCCACCUUAUGCUUCGAUUGUGGAAACUAAUACGAAAUCUAUUACGUUGUUUCAUUCCAUCGGAUUCAAACAAAUGACUCGUAUGAGGUAUUUGAGAGUUGUUCCGAAAUAGGUAAGGUUAAGAAUGAGAUUGUAAGUUUAUUUUCCAUUAUCCGUAUAUGUGAUAAAUGUGCUUCGAGCACGUGCUAUAAAUACGAAAUAUUUUCACGUUGAAAAGAUGCAGCACUAUUGGAAUAGUUCUCGUGCCUUGAAAAAUAGGUAGGUUUUGUUGAAUUUGGAAGAUGAAUAUUUUUGUAAAUUUGUAAUAGAUAUUUUAAUGUAUCCAACUAUCGCAUGUUGUUCGUUAACCAGUGAUACGAGUAUCCAUAGGCUAAAUUUUUGAAGAAUGAUUAUGAGAUUGAUUGUAUGCAAAAAUUUAAGAUUGUUGAUGGUAUAGUGAAUGUUCUGGAAGCAGGUGGUUGGAAAAAAAAUUAUAAUGCUCGAGAAAUGAAGAAAACAAUUAUGUAAGUCGGUACUGAAUUUGAUGAUCUGAUGUUAGUGAUAUAAAUGCUGAAGGUAUUGGUACUUACGUACGUGGAUUUUGAAGAAAAUGGAAAAGUAAUUUCAGUGAUCGCUCGAAUAUUGCAGAAAAGAAAAAUGAAAUGCUCAGGCUGUUAAUCUUAAUCACCAUAAAAUAAUAAAUGACUGUAUCGAGUUAUUGCAAUAUUCUUUGUACAUAAUCUAUCUAUAGUUAGAUAAUACAUAGGUAUGUAUGAUUUUAUUCAUCCAUGAUUGAAAUAUAUUAUUUCAAUCAAUUUA